UAAUUGAAAGGUACACCAAAGAAAAAAAUUUGUCAUAAGUAGUCAAAUACUGGUAGCUGUGUUAAUCCUCUUGGUUUCGUUGAAGGAACUUGAGAACGGUUUCAGCUUAAGCUUGCGCAGGGCUGAAAUUCGUUCGCAUACAUCCAUCUCUCUCAUUUGGUUCGGCGCAGCGGCACAAUAUCUGAUUGUCCUGUUUGAUUGCCCGGUGCGACCAAAAAUCUGGUCGCCAGGAGCUCUAUACAUAUAAAUACACAUUUAUUAGAGCAAAUACUGAAAAUUUAAAGAUUCAACCAUGUUUGGGCGUGCGCCGAAGAAGAGUGACAACACUAAAUAUUAUGAGGUCUUAGGUGUGUCUAAAAGUGCUUCAGCAGAUGAAUUAAAGAAAGCUUAUAAAAAAGCAGCUAUAAAGAAUCACCCAGACAAGGGGGGUGAUCCAGAAAAGUUCAAGGAGCUGGCCCAGGCAUAUGAAGUGCUCAGUGAUCCGGAGAAAAGGGAGAUCUAUGAUCAAUAUGGAGAAGAUGCGUUGAAAGAAGGAAUGGGAGGGGGUGGUGCCUCACACAAUCCCUUUGACAUUUUUGAGUCGUUCUUUGGAGGGUCACCCUUUGGAGGCUCUGCUUUUGGUGGUGGUAGCUCACGGGGCAGAAGACAAAAGCAAGGAGAAGAUGUUGUACAUCCUCUCAAGGUCUCCCUGGAGGAACUGUACACUGGCAUUUCAAAAAAAUUAUCUCUUUCUAGGAAUAUUUUGUGUCCAAAGUGCAAGGGGAAGGGUUCCAAAUCGGGUGCAUCCAGCCGCUGUUCAGGAUGUCAAGGAUCUGGUAUGAGGGUCUCAAUCAGGCAGCUUGGGCCUGGCAUGAUACAGCAAAUGCAGCAUGUCUGCAGUGAUUGCAGGGGCUCAGGUGAGACAAUCAGUGAUAAAGAUAAGUGUGGGCAAUGUAAAGGGAACAAAGUUGUUCAAGACAAGAAGAUGCUAGAGGUUAAUGUGGAGAAGGGGAUGCAGCAUGGCCAGAAAAUAGUGUUUCAGGGUGAAGCUGAUGAAGCACCUGAUACCAUUACUGGAGACAUAGUUUUUGUAUUGCAACUGAAAGAACAUCCCAAGUUCAAGAGAAAGGGUGAUGAUCUCUAUAUAGAGCACAGCCUAACCUUGGCGGAGGCUCUUUGUGGUUUCCAGUUUACCCUAAAACAACUUGAUGGCAGGCAGUUGCUUCUCAAGUCCAGCCCUGGGGAGAUUGUCAAACCUGGUCAAUAUAAAGCCAUAAAUGAUGAAGGUAUGCCGGCAUAUCAGAGGCCAUUUAUGAGAGGUCGACUGUACAUUCAUUUCAGUGUAGAUUUCCCGGAUUCUGGAUCACUGUUACCAGAGCAGUGUAAGGCCAUAGAAACUGUACUACCACCAAAGCCACCAUGCUUUUUGACAGACAUGGAGCUGGAUGAAUGUGAGGAGACGACUUUACAUGAUGUCAAUAUUGACGAAGAAAUGAGGCGGAAGCAGCAGCAACAGCAGCAAGAAGCUUAUGAUGAGGAUGAUGAACCAGCAGGAGGCCACCGUGUGCAGUGUGCACAGCAAUAAUUUAUCUAAAUGUAAGAUGCAUGUUAGGAAAUUUAAACAUGCUUUUUGGCUGUAGAGGCAGCAACAUUUAACUGUCCGGCAUUUAUUUAGGUGAAAUUUCAACAAUGAUUAUUUAGGUGAACCUUGAAAUAUCCUGCCUGAGAAUUGGGAUUUAUUAUCUGAAAGGGAGUAGGUCGUAUUUUUGAAUAUAUCUUGUAUGAAUUAAAUAAUAAACUUAGUGUGGUUUUGA